AUGGUCUUCGUGAUGCAUCGAGAAACGACACCAUCAGGAAGAUGUAUAAUUGAGAAGGAAAUGCAGCAAUCAUUGAAUCAGAAUGAAAAGAGCAAAACUGAAACAGUGACCAAGAUUUGUCGAGAUAAGCACCAUAAAACAAUCAAACAAGGUGGAAACAUUGUUCGAGAAUAUGCGAGUGCCACAUUAGCUGAACUAAAUCAAAUAGACUGUUCUCCUACUGAUUGUAUUAAACUUCUAGUCGCCAGGAAUCAAUAUUCAGAGUUACUUUAA